AGAGAAAGAAUGUGACUUGCCUUAAGGUCACAGAGCUGGUUAGUGGGAGAGCUAGAAGCUGAAUUCAAACCUUCUGGUUCCUAGUGUGAGUUUUUGGCCCCUACUUUUGGAGGAGGAACACUGUGAGCUUUACCGUUUACAAGCCAUCAGCCAUUACAACAUAACGAAAUUUAGCUUCUUUCGUAGCCAGCCCUGCCUUCCAAACUGACUUCACCAGAUAAAAUCGCCAGCCAGGCUGGCAUUGAUAUUCAUUUAUUAAUCUUACAAAUAAUAGCUCCCAGAUCUAGGAACGGAGAUAAGGGCUAGGGACAUGGAUGAACAAAUAAUGCCUUUACCCACAGGAAGUGUGGAUGAGAAUGGUCAGAUAUUUGCACGUUGUUUUUUGCAGGGUGUUCUGAUAGUGCCAUGCACAAAACAAGGCUGUGAUCCUGUAGAGGAAGGAUGGUGUUAAUUUGGCCUUAAGGAGGUAGUGGUGUUGUCAGAGUGGCUUCAAAGAAUUAGAGAUGUUUGAGCUGGGAGUCUUGCAGGCAGAGAAAGGCGGUAGAAAUGGCCUGGGGCCCUCUAGGCAUGAAUUUGGGACUACUUGUCGACCAUAGUGAGAGAGUUGGAAAGGUAGAUUGGGGCCAAAUUGUGGAGCCCAUGGCAUUUCGUGAUAAGGAUGUGUAGUUUACAUUCUGGAAGUUUCUGACCUAUAGAUUCCAGAACACGUGGGCAACCACAGUUCUUAUUAAAGAGGGCCAUCUUGAGCAGCAUCUUUAGAUUUAAUAAUUAAUACCACAAAUAUAGAAACAGCUUUCUCCCCAAUAUAUGUAGCUGGCUGAUACUAUGAUUCAUCAACCAAAAACUCAUUUGAAGUGUUAUAAACUAUAAAUUUAGACUAUUUAUUAAUAAGUUGAUCAAUAAUUAUUAAAUAACUUUAUAAUUCAUUAUAAAUAAAUACUUCAUUGAUACUAUUAUAAAUCAAUAGCAUCUUUUUGCUUAUUGGAUAUUUCUUGAUCACUAGAUACUGAAUAAAAAUAGAUAUUGACUAAAAGUAAUUGCCCGAAGUGUCCAAAAUUUUUGAUUAAAAAACAAUGUUAGGAACUGCUGCUAUGGACAGUCAUGAAAUUUUUUGAGUAAGUGAAUGGCCCAGGUUCCAGAGUCAAGCUGCUACAAAUUUUAUUGGCUGUGUGACUUUGAGUAUCAAGUUGUUUAAUCUCUGCAAGCUUUAGAGUCUUUCCCUCUAAGGGCAACAUUUGCCUUUUCAGAUUGGUACAGAGAUACCAUAAAUGUGGGAAAAGCCUGUAGCGAGAGGUUGGUGCCGAGCGAUGCUUACUGGUUUUGGUGGUAUGGGCACAUGUGCCUUAGAUCUGACCCAAUAUGGAGGAUGAGCCGACAGGGGGGAGUUGUAAGACCUUUUCGUUAUCCAAGUGAGAAAUAAUGGAGGCCUGGAUUAGGGCAGAGGAGGGGGCCUGGAGAGGAUGGGAAAGUGUACAUCCACCUUCGGCAAUGAUGUGGAAAGCGAAAGAAGCCACUUCUGUUCAUACCUAAAGCGAGGGACCGGGCAGAGAUUAGAGUUUGGCGAAACCUAAUGGCAUGACUUCCUGGCACCGUAUCCUGUGAAUUAUCUGGCAAGUUCCAUGGCUCUUAAUUCCUGGAAUUGAUCUAGAUAAGAAUUCACCCAGGGUAAAUUUCUUUUAUUAGUUUAAUGAAUUAAUGAACUCCUCCCUGGAACAUGUUGAAACUAGAAUUAGCACAGAAGUACCUCCUUUCAUUAGGGUUUAGCAGAGCCCUGCCAUUUAGCCUAUACCCAUACUAGAACUUUCAAAAGAAUGUAUACAAGGCAAUGCGUGGCAUAUUCCAAUUUUUAAAAAAAAAAUGAGCUGAAAUUUACAUAUUAAAUAUUUAAGCGCCUAUGCUUAGAAAAAGUCAGACAGCAUAAGUGUUAAGUGUCAUCUGAGAGAUUUUUAUUUCCUUCUUUGUCAUUUCUGUAUUUUCCAAAAUGAAUAUAUGUAUUUUUAAUAAGUGCUAAAAAGGAAACCAACAACAGAAAGGAACAGAUCAGAAGGGCUUCAGGGAAUUUGCUGUUCCUGUCUUUUUGAGUAGCUGUUUACAAAUGCUAGUGGUAAUGGGUGCCUUCCCAACUGUGUCUCAAUUCAGUCAGAUGGUGUUCUAUAUCUAGGGAUAUGGGGGCUAGCUCAUAAAGGUGGGUGGCAGUGAGAAAUCAGAGUAGCAGUCAUACGUGCCGAUGGGGCCAGUCAAAAUUUGACUAUUACGUUUUAUUGAAUUAUUUUUAAUGUGAAAUUCGAGUCCAGGCUAAGACAUAUGAUUUUUGUUAUUUACCAUCGUCUCUCAGUCUGCAGAUUCUCACACGCGUGGGUGUUUGUGCACAUGCAUGGGCAUACACCGCCGAGGUGCCGAAACGUUCACCGUGAGCAGCGAGAGCACAGAUCCAGAAAUCAGGAAAUGGGGGGUCUGGUCUCAGCUCUGUUACUUGGUUUUGUAAUAGGCUUGACUAAGUCACUAGCCUCCCUGAGCCCAGAUUCUUCAUGUGUGAGUGAGGAAUAAUCGGUAAGAGUUCUGACCACCUCACAGGGGUAUUUUGGAAAUCCAUUUUGAACGGAUUAUAAAAUGCCAUGCAUAUGAGUUGUUUUCAGUGCUGGCUUGGCUGCUCGUCAGCGUUGUGGUUAUGGACACGUGACAGCAGCUCUCUGGACCCCAGUGCGAUAAACUCCAGAUGACCUUGCUGUCCAUCCAGCACAGAGAUGUGGGGUUCAGAGAUGGUGGGUCAGAAAGGCUUGCCCUGGGGGCAGGUGGUUUUCUAACUGAGCAGGCGUCAGAAUCACCUGGAGGGCUUGUGCUACUACGGAUCCCUGCCUCCCCGCUCAGGGUUUCUGAUUUUAUAGAGUGAGGCCUGAGAAUAUGCAUUUUUUUAAGUAGGCACGAUCCAGUGUGGAACUUGAACUCAGGACCCGGAGAUCGAGACCGGAGCUGAGAUCAAGAGUCAGACACUUAACCGACUGACCCACUUGAUCUCACCCAGGAGCCCCGAGAAUAUGCAUUUCUAACACAUCCCCCAUGAUACUGGUGCUGCUGUCCCAGAGGCCACACUUGAAGGGUGAGGGCGGGUAGCGGGCAGGUGGGAGAACUGUAUACACUGUGAAAAAGCACAUCACUGAAUUACUCAGUAUUCACUACCCCUCCCAUGCACGCACACCAAAAUCACCCAAACUGGAUGUUUUCUGAGAUUUCGUUCCUUUUCCUGAACGUUUGGUUCUCUCAUGAUACCUCAGUCUGUGGAAACACAAAAUGACUUUUGGAUCAAGCGGUUCUCGCCUCCGUAACCCUACGUAACAUCGGCAAACUUACUACCCCCCAUCAGCUCAGAACGCGGAGACGAUUGUAUUCAUACGUGUGUGUGCACCAGAGGCCAGCGAUGUCUUUGGCUCUGUUCUCCUUUUUAAAAAUGCAGUGAGUAAGCUAAUUUUGUAGGAAUGUCUCAGAAAGCUAUUCCUGUAAACCCAGCAUUGUUAAGCUGAGAUAGAGGAAGCAGCACUGAUUAGCUCAGUGUAGACGACUAAUCGUGUAGACGACCCUCCAGAUUCAGAAGGUUUGGACAGGAACCCUCUGACUCAUCCCUUAUGGCUCUGCAUACUGGAGCAAAAUGAACGAGUUUAUUCUGAGGCCUCUGAUGCACUGCUUCCCCAGGCCAUGAGGAAGAAAGAGUGGACUUCAGCCUGUAUGAAUGGUCUUGAAACACGAAUGGUUGUGGGUCUAGGCAUUUUCCAGUGACUUUCUCUACUGCCACUGUUGCUACUCAGGCAGAAUCUGCGCAGAAAGAUCUGCUGGGAAAGAACUGACUGCUUAUGUUUCUCCAUUGUGAUGAAAGCACAUGUUACAGUUUUCCAAAGAAAUUAGUCCUUUUUCUUGGUGAAAAGAAACCAGUCUGCCGUUUUCAUAGGGUAUUUCUCACUCCUCUGGAAGGAAGAAAGAACACGCCUGAGCCGGGAGCACUCCAGCGUCUUGUGGGAAGUCUCCAUGGUGAAGGAUAAGCCAGGGCUACCUGUGAACAGCGCACAGUGAAUGUUAUUCCAGAGCUGCUGCGGGCCGAUCGCACCCACGGGGAGAUGAUUCCUCAUGAAGAGCCUGGAUCCCCUACAGAAAUCAAAUGUGACUUUCCAUGUAUCAGACUAAAACCAGAGCCAGCCAGACAGUGAAACAGUCACCGUGGAGGGGGGACGGCGAAAAAUGAAAUCCAACCAAGAGCGGAGCAACGAAUGCCUGCCUCCCAAGAAGCGCGAGAUCCCCGCCACCAGCCGGCCUUCGGAGGAGAAGGCCGCCGCGGCGCCCAGCGACAACCACCGGGCGGAGGCCGUGGCAUGGCUCCCCGGCAACCCGGGGGGCCGCGGCCACGGGGGCGGCAGGCACGGCCCGGCGGGGGCCCCGGUGGAGCUGGGUUUACAGCAGGGAAUAGGUUUACACAAAGCGCUGUCCGCGGGGCUGGACUACUCCCCGCCCAGCGCGCCCAGGUCCGUGCCGGCGACCACCACGCUGCCCGCCGCGUACCCUCCCCCGCAGUCGGGGACGCCGGUGUCCCCCGUGCAGUACGCUCACCUGCCGCACACUUUCCAGUUCAUCGGGUCCUCCCAGUACAGCGGGCCCUACGCCGGGUUCAUCCCUUCGCAGCUGAUCUCCCCGACGGCCAGCCCCGUCACCAGUGCCGUGGCCUCGGCCGCGGGGGCCACCACUCCAUCCCAGCGCUCCCAGCUGGAAGCCUAUUCCACUCUGCUGGCCAACAUGGGCAGUCUGAGCCAAGCCUCGGGACACAAGGCUGAGCAGCAGCACCUGGGCAGGACGUCGGGGCUCGGCCCCCCGGGGUCCCCCCCUCCCACCCAGCAAAACCAGUACGUGCACAUCUCCAGCUCUCCGCAGAGCGCCGGGCGCACGGCGUCCCCUCCGGCCAUCCCCGUCCACCUGCACCCGCACCAGACGAUGAUCCCACACACGCUCACCCUGGGGCCCUCCCCCCAGGUCGUAGUGCAAUACACCGACUCCGGCGGCCACUUCGUCCCGCGGGAGGCCGCCAAGAAAGCCGACAGCGGCAGGCUGCAGGCCAUGCAGGCCAAGGAGCUCCUGAACGGCGAGAUGGAGAAGGGCCGCAGGUACGGGGCCCCGAGCUCCGCCGACCUGGGCCUGGUGAAGGCCGGGAAGUCGCUUCCUCACCCGUACGAGUCCAGGCACGUGGUGGUGCACCCGAGCGCCGCGGACUACGGCGGUCGGGACUCCUCGGGGGUCCGGGCCUCUGUGAUGGUCCUGCCCACCAGCAGCGCGCCCGCCGCCGACCUGGAGGUGCAGCCGGUCACGCACCGGGAGGCCUCGCCCUCCACCCUCAACGACAAAAGCGGCCUGCAUCUAGGGAAGCCCGGGCACCGGUCCUACGCGCUGUCACCCCAACAGGCCCUGGGCCCCGAAGGCGUGAAGGCCGCCGCCGUCGCCACGCUGUCCCCCCACACGGUCAUCCAGACCACACACAGCGCCUCGGAGCCACUCCCGGUCGGACUGCCGGCCACCGCCUUCUACGCGGGGACCCAAGCGCCGGUCAUCGGCUACCUGAGCAGCCAGCAGCAGGCGAUCACGUACGCCGGCAGCCUGCCCCAGCACCUGGUGAUCCCCGGCACGCAGCCCCUGCUCAUCCCGGUCGGCGGCGCCGACGUGGAGGGCUCGGGAGCCGCCCCCGCCAUCGCCACGUCGUCGCCCCAGUUUGCGGCAGUGCCUCACACGUUCGUCACCACCGCCCUCCCCAAGAACGAGAACUUCAGCCCGGAGGCCCUGGCCACGCAGGCCGCCUACCCAGCCAUGGUGCAGGCCCAGAUCCACCUGCCCGUGGUGCAGUCCGUGGCGUCCCCCGCCGCCGCGCCCCCCACGCUGCCCCCCUACUUCAUGAAAGGCUCCAUCAUCCAGUUGGCCAACGGGGAGCUGAAGAAGGUGGAGGACUUGAAGACAGAAGACUUCAUCCAGAGCGCCGAGAUCAGCAGCGACCUGAAGAUCGACUCCAGCACCGUGGAGAGGAUCGAGGACAGCCACCACCCCGGCGUGGCGGUGAUACAGUUUGCCGUCGGGGAGCACCGAGCACAGGUCAGCGUGGAGGUUUUGGUAGAGUACCCUUUUUUUGUGUUUGGACAGGGAUGGUCAUCCUGCUGUCCAGAGAGAACCAGCCAGCUCUUUGAUCUGCCGUGUUCCAAACUCUCUGUUGGGGAUGUCUGCAUCUCACUGACCCUCAAGAACCUGAAGAACGGCUCUGUUAAAAAGGGCCCGCCCGUGGAUCCGGCCAGCGUCCUGCUGAAGCAUUCAAAGACGGACAGCCUGGCGGGCAGCAGACACAGGUACACGGAGCAGGAGAACGGCAUCAACCAGGGAAGCGCCCCGAUGCUGUCCGAGAACGGCGAACUCAAGUUUCCAGAAAAAAUAGCAUUGCCUGCAGCGUCCCUGCUCACCAAAAUCGAACCCAGCAAGCCCACGGCAACCAGGAAGAGGAGGUGGUCGGCGCCGGAGACCCGCAAACUGGAGAAGUCGGAAGACGAGCCACCUUUGACUCUUCCUAAACCUUCUCUAAUCCCUCAGGAGGUUAAGAUUUGCAUCGAAGGCCGGUCUAACGUAGGCAAGUAGAGGCAGCGUGGGGAAAGGAAAUUCGGCUCUCCCUUCUCAUUUGUAUCCAGAUUACUGUACUGUAGGCUAAAUAACACAGUAUUUACAUGUUACCCUCUUUAGGUUUCUGUUAUAACCUUGUCAUUAGAGUUACAGCUGGUGUUGCAGCAGGAGACCGGGGCACAUGCUUUUCCAGGAGUGACAGCGGCAGGUGGGGGGGAGGGGGGAAGGGCAGGGCCCGCGCAGGCUCCGGGCGUCCUGGGAGAAAGGAACGUGGCUUCCGAGCACCUGCCUUUUCCAGCUGCGGGGAAGCCGCGGCCCGGGCGCCGACUUCCGCCGGUUUCCUGUGCAGGUUCUGCGGGCA